ACCACGUCAUCUGGUAUAACUGAUCUGAUUGGCUAAGAGCUACCUACAGACGCUUUGAUAGACAUUCUAAGCGCCCAAUAAACGGCUCCGGAGGAUCGUAAACCACACCUCCUCUACGGAGAAAUGAACGGCAGGUUCCCAGACGAGAUCUCAUUUGAGAUUAGUCUGGUGUUAGCCAGGCUACUGGGAGAUAUGGCUACACAUAUAAUCAAAAUUUACCAAAAUUGCAAUAUGGAUUGGUGCAGUGUUCAAACCAGUGGAGGCACAAUGUUUGUUAAAGGCAAAAUAUCUGUCAAAAAUACUAUUCUGAACCAUAGACUUUAUAUAAAUAAUGGACGUAGUCACCGUGAUGUCACCGGUGACCAUGGCUUUCUUGAUAAUAACCAAUAUCAUUAUCAAAAAAAACAUGAAAAUGUCUACACUGUAACGAAUUUCACUGUGAAAUAACAGUAAAAUAUUGGCAGCAGGGACGCCAGUAUUUGACUGUUAUUUUACAGUCCACAUACUGUAAUUUAUUUAAUAUUUUGGCUUAAAGUAUAUGAUCGUGGGAUAAUGGUGUGUGUUAUUUUACAGCAAUUCAUUACAAAUAGUGUUUAAUGCUUUUAAUUUGUAGUUAUCUACUUUUAUUUUUAAUUGACCGAUUUAACUGUUAAUUUACAUGUGAGGGAUGAAUAUUUAACAGUAUUUUACAAUCCAUAUAAAAUACAGUAGUAUACUGUUGUAAAUUCGCCGUAAAUACACAGCAUUUCGUUACAAUGUAGAUAUCAUCUCCUAAAUUAAACUCUUAUGAGCUAUUUUUGUUGUUAUCAUUUGUCCAAACAAAUGUACCUUUAGUUGUACCAGGCAUUAAAUGAACAAGAAAUAAAGGAAAAAAACAGUCAAAUAUUUUUUUCCAUGACUGUAACUAAUCCUAUCAAACCAGCUGAUUGGCCGAGAGCGACCAGAGCAAAUAAAACACGAGCUCUGUACGCUCAUCUGGUUUCCAGGAUAGCAAUCGGGUAUUUUUUCGUCCUACUUUGAGAAAAUACUUGUUUAUCAGGAUUAACUGAUAACUUCAUAAUCUUAUGCUGCAAUAGUCUUCUAUGAAAAUAUGAAAUCAUGUUAAAUUGAACACAAGUAUGUUAAUACAUCUGCAUUGAACACCAUGGUAAAAUGUAUGCUUACCUCGUAAACUCUUCUAUAAUCAUGUAACUCUUUUUAUAAUCAUGUCUUGUACUACUAAAUAUAUAUUAUAAUCAUGUUAAUAUACAUUAUAAUCAUGUUAGGAUGAAUGACUUCAUGUUAUUCUCUGUAUAAAUGCUGUAAUGAUGUAUUGUGUAAUAAUUGUUUGAUUUAAUGUGGACCCCAGGAAGAAUAGUCUUCAUCUCUAUGAAGACUAAUGGGGAUCCAAAGGAUACAAUAAACAAUAAACUGUGUGUUUGUAGGAGUACCUUUCAUGUACAUCCCAUCGGAAAACUAUAAUUUCAAAUACAUUAUCUGAAAUAUACAACCCAGGGUCCAAAACAAUCAUUUGCGACCAGCAUUCAAUUGAAUUCAGCACAAAGACGAGAUUUAAAAUGCUCAAACUGGGAAACUUCAUACACUUAUUUUGUGUUUGAUGCGUUGUGUUUUUAUUCACAGCGUCCCUACUGUUUUUAUAAUCAGCGCUGUAGUGGUGCUGUAUAAUGUGGUAAUCUUCACACUGAAUGCAUCACAGAGUUGUUAUGUUGUUGAGAAAGAGGAACCUCAAACAGGCAGGAAGUGUUUUUUUCUUUUUGGGUUUGAUUCAAUGAAUGAGUGAUUGUGUAACUCUCAUGUGUGCUGGGUGAAACAAGCCUCUUCACGCUAACACACAGAUAAUAUCUGCUUACCUGGCAGUUUUUUGGGCAGGUAAACUUCCGGUUCUAUCUCUGAGGAGUCUGUAAAUCCCUUCUUUACUUCACGAGGGAAGUCCCAUUGAAUUAACCGGCUCAUCUUCAGCUUUCAUUUUCUCUUUGCUGGUUAUAAAGUGUGUGAACAGCUCAGAGAUGUGGUUGUUUGGGGCUUUUGGCACCAUUACUAAGAGCUUUCACUUCACCUCACAGACAUGAAGUGACCUGCAGAGCUUCUGGAAACCCAUUUUCUUGUUUCCAAGCAUAAGUUAAUUUUUUCUAGUGUUGUUCCUUGUGUUGUUGACUCAGCUGGUAAAGUAAAUAUGCCUGAGCGGAGCGUCGGCGGGGGGUUCGGCCAAUCUGUGGCGAGGGGAGUGGGAGCUCCCGAGGCUCGUUGAUGGGGUUUUUUUUUUACUCGCUCCGGGAUUAUUUGGAGAUUUUUUUUGCUUUGGCUCUGAAGGGAAGUCGUGAUGUUGUGCCGGAGCCGGUGGACCUGUGGCCUGCUGCUCAGGACAGGUGUCUGCUGGGACGCCGAGGAUUAUUACGGGACGGUCGGGAGAGCUGGCAGACAGAGCUCGACGCAGGAGAUCGGCGAGGAGGCCGAGGAGGACGCCGUCUUUACCAUCACGCUGCGGAAGGUGCAGCUCCACCAGUCGGCCAGUAAGGGGCAGCGGUGGCUGGGCGUGGAGACCGACUCGGCCCUGAGCCUCUACGAGACCUGCAAGGUGCGGACCAUCAAGGCCGGCACGCUGGAGAGGCUGGUGGAGUACAUGGUGUCGGCGUUCAGGGGCAAAGACUCCACCUACGUCACCAUCUUCCUCUGCACCUACCGCUCCUUCGCCUCCACCAAGCAGGUGCUGGAUCUCCUGCUCAACAGGUAUGCCAAGCUGCAGAACGUCCCGGCGGCCGCGGCUCACAGAGUCUCCCAGGACGACUGCACGGAGCUCAGAAACACAGUGUCGUCCAUCCUGGGCGCGUGGCUGGACCAGUACUCUGAGGACUUCUGGAGCCCUCCCAGCUACGACUGUCUGCACCAGCUCAUGUCCUACCUGCACCACCACUUCCCCGGCUCCGACCUGGAGCGCCGCGCACGCAACCUGCUGGCCCACUUCCACCGCCGACAGCAGUGUGAGCCUGAUCCUGAUGGGGAACACAUCGGCUGCCCUUUCGCCACGCAGGAAGAGAGCGGCUUUGAGGACGAGCUUCCUGCCUUCAGCUUCCUGUCCUUUGACCCCAUCAUGGUGGCGGAGCAGUUCACGCUCAUGGACGCGGACCUGUUUAAGAAGGUGGUGCCCUACCACUGCCUGGGGGGGAUCUGGUCUCAGCGGGACAAGAAGGGCAAGGAGCACCUGGCUCCCACCAUCAGAGCCACCGUGGCCCAGUUCAACUCCGUCACCAACUGUGUCAUCACCACCUGCCUGAGCAACCCCACGCUGAAGCCCAACCAGAGGGCGCGGCUGCUGGAGCGCUGGAUCGACGUGGCCCGGGAGUGUCGGAUCCUGAAGAACUUCUCCUCGUUGCGAGCCAUCCUCUCCGCCCUGCAGUGCAACGCCAUCCACCGCCUCAAGAGGACCUGGGAGGAGGUGUCACGGGAGAGCUUCAGGACCUUCCGCGAGCUGUCGGAGAUCUUCUCAGACGACAACAACUACUCUCUGAGCCGAGAGCUGCUGGUGAAGGAGGGAACCUCAAAGUUCGCCACUUUGGAGAUCAACCCCAAACGAGCUCAGCGGAGACACCAGCAGCAGAGAGACCUGGGAGUGAUGCAGGGGACCAUCCCGUACCUGGGGACCUUCCUCACCGACCUGGUGAUGAUGGACACGGCCAUGAAGGAUUACACUGAGGGUGGUCUGAUUAACUUUGAGAAGAGAAGAAAGGAGUUUGAGGUGAUCGCUCAGAUCAAACUGCUCCAGUUGGCCUCCAACAACUACAGUUUCACUCAGGACAGCCACUUCAGGGAGUGGUUCGCAGGCGUGGAGAAGCUCAGCGAGGCAGAGAGCUACAACCUGUCCUGUGAGAUCGAGCCUCUGUCGGAGUCGGCCAGCAACACGCUGCGAGCCAAGAAGAACGGAGGGAUCAUGAAGCGCUGGAGCGACCGGCAGCUGACGGAGGCCGGCUGCAGCAGCGCCUCCGGCUCUCACUCCAAGUCCUUCGACCACUCUCACUACCGGCCGUACCAGGGCGGCGGCGGUGGCGGCGGCGGGGGCGGGGACAGCGGCGACGCCCUCAGCGUCACCUCCGUCAGCUCCAGCGGCUCCGACCUGGAGGACGUGAACGCCAGCUUCCUGUCCGACUCUCCGGAGGGACACGAGAGAAAGGUGAGGAAGGAAGAGAAGUGUCAGCAGACUCAGCAGGGUCCCAGCACGUCGACUCCGUCAGUGAAACUCUCCGUCUCUGCUUUGGGGAGAGAAGCUCCAGCAGCAGACACCACGUCAACGUUCUGGGAGUGCACGUCUCUGUCGUCUCUGGACACCUCGGGGACCGGCUCCAGCUCCGGCUCGGCGUCGGGCUCCAGCAGCGCCUCGUCCUCCUCCGUGUCCUCGUCCACGCCGCUCUCCGCCUCGCGCUCGCACAAGCGCUCCGUGUCAGCCGUGUCCAACUACUCGACGCUGUCGCUGCCGCUGUACAACCAGCAGGUGGAUGACUGCUGCAUCAUCAGGGUCAGCCUGGACGUGGAGAACGGGAACCUGUACAAGAGCAUCCUGGUGACGAGUCAGGACAAGACUCCGGCCGUCAUCAGGAAGGCGAUGAUCAAACACAACCUGGAGCGAGAGAAGACCGAGGAGUACGAGCUGAUGCAGAAGAUCUCUGAGGACAAAGAGCUCCGGAUCCCGGACAACGCCAACGUUUUCUACGCCAUGAACUCCACUGCCAACUACGACUUCGUGCUGAAGAAGCGUGGCCUGGCGCGGCCGCUGCGAGCCAAGAACGUGGCGAGCUCCACGCUGCCUCGCAUGAAGCAGAAGGGACUGAAGAUCGCUAAAGGGAUUUUCUGAGGAGCCCGCAGCACCUCCUGCCUCCCCCCUCCAGCCCCCCUUUAACCCUCUCCGGUCUCCACAAACUCCUCACGGGGAAACUUUGGUGUUGGGGUCCGACGGAGGCGAACUAACAGAGACGCCGGAGGAGAUAAAUGACCAAGUCGGCUUUCUGCGUGCUGCAGAGAGCAGAGGAGCACCUUAGCACUUAGGAACCGCCAUCAGGACCCUCCGAGGACUUUCAGAGGCCGAGUUUGGCGGGAAACGGCCAGACUGCGAGCUGGAGACAACAGAAGGACGUUUGUGGGGGGAAGAGACGGCGAGCGGCGCCAGACCAACUCUCUCCGUCUGACACCUCACCUUUUUGUUUACAACUGUUUACAUCUCAACAUCGGUCGACUCUUAACGUUUUUUUGCACCUUGGAUAAAAGGAUUCAGCCCCUCGGCGGCCCCGCCCCCCCGUCCUCUCCGUGCACGCCCCCUCCUGGCGUGGACUGAACCUACACGGACGAUACCGCAGCAGACGCGUGAACAGCUGGGAAUGUGUUUCUAUUUUUUCAGGGAACUUUUGUUGCGAGUGUGCCGCCGCCUUUACCGCCUGGCCCCGCCCCCCCGGCCCUGGCCCCGCCCCCCUGGCCUUGGCCCCGCCCCCCGGCCCUGGCCCCGCCCCCACCCCGGGGUCCUGAUGUCCACAGUGUUUCUCCGCUGAGACUCGUUUUUGGCGUUUUUGCACCAGCGACGCUGACGUGGAGGGAACUCUUUUAACUUCUGAGCGCUGCCAUGUGAUACAAAAAAAAAGUCAAGUAGACAGAGAACAUGAGUGGGCACAGCCAUGAGUCACUUCUUCUUCUGUUGUUUUAUUAACGGAUGGUAACCACUACACGGAGACGGACACGGAAAACGUUCCCGAGGGAAGAACAAGUGAAAACAAACUGAGUGUAAAUAUGGAUUAACACCGACUGUGCAGUAUAUUCUUUUCAAACGGACCGUGAGAUUUUGUUAAUAGACUCGUCACGAUAUCAGCAUAUUUUUCUCUUUUUUUUUGCUUUGUGCAUUUUUUGUACUUCUGCAUCUCUCUGCUCUGAUACGGUGCUGCUGAUUAUCUUCAUCACUUCAUUGCCGCGUCCUUCCUCUGCGCCCCGACCGCCGCCGCCGCCGCCAUGUUGGACGGCGACACAAACGUCUCCGCUCGCCGCCGAACAACGCGAUUUAAUGUCGUGUUCGCUUUUUGCACAAAAUGUUGUUCACCCUUUCAAACACACUUUCAGACGAUAUACGGAGGCACAUUUCUGCCAUAAAAAAAAGAUUUAAAAAAAGGAAUGACUAAAAUAAAAAAUAAAAAAAUUCUGAGAUAUGAAGUAAACAUUUUAACAAAUUGUAAUGUUUUUUAAAUUACCAUAAUUAAAUGAAAAUAAUAAUAACAAUACUUAUAAUAUGUAUUUUAAAUAAUAUUUAAUACAAUAAAAUAAUUAAUAAGUCAAUAAAAAAGUGUGAAGUGGCUGUUACAGUUCUCCAAAUUAUUAGAACUUUUUAAAAAAAAUGUAAAAUUAAUUGAUUAAAUUAGCAUAUUUUAUCUCACAGUGAAACUAUUAGUUCACUGUUGUGAACGUAAAACAAAGAAAAUGUGAAGCAGUAACAAGGAAUUUCAGUAUUUUAGUGUGGAAAAAAAUUACUUAAAUUAUAUCAUAUUUUUGCUUAUUAACUAAUCUUUGGAGCUCUCAUAAAAUAUAUAUAUAUAUAUAUACAUAUAUAAAAAUGUAAUUGUUUUAGUUCCGUCCAUGCAAUAGUCUUAUCAUUCCUAGUUUUUAUUCUUUUUUUUCUGGCAGAAAAUAACUAACAACCGUACAUCAGGUGAAAUAUUUUCUAAAGUGUCUAAAAAAAUGUCAUUAAAAAAUAUAUUUUAUUUAAUUGAACCUGAAAAUUACAAGAACAAUAAGUGUUUGUUAAAUAUGAAUUAUCUGGAGGAAGCCUCUGCAGCAAUAUUUUGAUCCUCUAAGACACAAAAAAAGCAAUUAAAUAAAAUAAAAAAUAAAAUAAAAUAAUAAUAAUAAUAUUGAAUAUAAUAUCAUAAUAUUGACGUUUUCUGAUAUUUGGGUUGACCCUCGGACCGUACAGUUACACGAGAACAAACUUCAGACUGUAUUUAAUGUUUCUAGUGUCUCAGUUCUUCCAACAUGGCGGCUCAGGCUUCAUAUCCACCAGGAUGAUCUUAACAAAUGUGCCAUGACGGCCAAGAUCUCUCUCUCUCUCUCUCUCUCUCUCUCUCUUUUUCUUUCUCUUUCUUUCUUAGGGCUGGGCGAUAUGGACCAAAAGUCAUUUCCCAUAUUUUCAUCACAAAGUGAGAGCAAAUGUUCAGUCAAAGUCAAAUAUGAGUUUUGUUGAAACUGUUUAUUUAUAACAACAGGAGAACCUUUUUUAAAUCAAAGCUCCAUAAAGUGCACAUUUAAAUAAAAACAUAUCUUAAAUAAAAAUAGCCUAUGAAAUGAAAUAGGCCAAUCUUUUUCUGAUAUAUUUAUAUGAGAAAAGAAUAACUAGCAUUACAAAAUAACUAAAUAAGACAAACCCUAGUAAGGGCAGCAUUUAUAUAUAAAGAAAGAAAAAAAAAUGAGGACUAUAUCGAUAUAUCCGAUAUGGUCUUAUUCCAUAUCACAUUUAAAAAUAUAUAGAUGUAUUGUUUUAUAUCGAUAUAUCGCCCAGCCCUACUCUCAAUUCAAUUCAAAAGGCUUUAUUCGCUCUCUCUCUCUCGCUCUCUCUCUCUCUCUCUCUCUCUCUCUCUCUCUCUCGCUCUCUCUCUCUCUCUCUCUCUCUCUCUCUCUCUCUCUCUCUCUCUCUCUCUCUCUCUCUCUCUGACUCUCUAUUUUAUGGAAAACUGUGGGAAAGAUUUUGAUGAUUUCCAGAUUUGGAAAACUUGUUGAAACACAAAAAAAGCAUCUUAAAAAACAGGUUUAGGAGCCCAGAAGAACGACAGUGAUGCUGCCAAACUCCUCUCUCUCUCUCUCUCUCUCUCUCUCUCUCUCUCUCUCUCUCUCUCUCUCUCUCUCUCUCUCUCUUCUGACCUGUUUCUUUAAAAGGAAAAUCCAACCGAAAACUCCUUAUCACACCCUAUGUUUUUUUUAAAAAGCUGUUUUUGGUGAUGCACUCUCCGUGUUCCUUUUAUUCCCUAAGACAGUGUCUGUUUUUAUGGAUUCUGCACAUACGGACUCUUUCUGCUUGCACACACUCACUGAUAAAUGAUGUUUUAUGGCCCCGACACCCUCAGUGGACAUGCAGUUUAUAAGACAAAAACACAAAGUCCCAAAAGAAAACUAAAGCAGCUUCUCAUAUCUCGUUGUUCUGCCUGCUGAAAUAACAUUCUGUGAGUUUUAUCUUGCUUUCUUUAUCAGUUUCUGGCACUUUUUUAGUGACUCCAGCUGACUUGAUUUGAAACAAACGUGGUCCUAAAUAUGCACUUAUUCUACAUAUCAUGCAAGAAACAAACUGUAAACAGGACCUUCUUUAUCUGAGGAUUUGCUCUUUAGCUCUGAAAGCAGCACUUGUUUACUACUGUAAGGCAGUUAGCCGACACUUGCAGCUCAAGUUAGAGCAAAAACUCACAAUUUAAAAAGCAUUUCUUGCACUUUUUCUUUGUGUUUUUGUUUUAAAAAGUCUCAAAAAGUGACUUUAAAGUCUUUAAACUUAAAAGCUGUGAUGCUUUUUUGGGUUUUUUGCAAAAGCUAUUCGAUCAAAAGCUACAUUUUCACAUUAUUCUCUGAGUGUUGGUGCAAAGCAUCCUGGGAAAUGUAGGAAAUCACUUAAAAAUGGAAAGUGGCUUCACCAAAAACUCUUUCUGACUGGAUAUAUCUGAGGUUGGGUUCUCCUUCAGUUGCACUGCGACCAUGUUUUGCCUUCUUUGUUGUUUUUGGUUAUUUUUCACCUGCAUGAAGUUCAUAAUUCUCCAAACGAUGAAACGACUGAAGCGCCCCAGAGAAAAAAAGAAAAAAAAAAACCUGCGAAAGCAAUAUCGUCCGGCUGUCGUGGAUGUUGUGCCGCUGUGGCGUGAAACCCUUCGCUGUUGAACACUGUGACCUUUGACCCUUUCACUCUGCCACUCUGAUCAUGUCGAGCACUGUGAACUAAAAAAAGAAUAAUACUAAUAAUAUAAAAAGACAACGUCUCGUUCCCCUUAACGGUGUCGUAGUGAACAUGCGGCUCGACCCUCCAUGUGCCAAAAAUAACCCGAAAGAAAGAAAGAAAGAAAGAAAGAAAGAAAAAGGUUUUAUCAGAUGAGUCGUCUGCCUUUCACAGCGAGAAGAAAAAAAACAAGUUUGUAUGUUUACUGUUGUCACAUUUUUCUGGAAAAACAAAAAAAAAAGGGGGUGAGAGCACGAUGACGUGUGGACCCGUUUCCCUGACGACUGUCGUCCAAGAAACUUGAAGCGAAGAUGUUUGUCCGGACCUGCAGACGAAGCUGCCGCAGAAACUUUUCACCAGUUUAUCCUCCGAUUGGUCCACUUUUUAAUCUCUUUUCAGGGAAAAUAUUCUAAACUGGAGCAUCAAAACCAGUAACUUUGAACCUUAAACCGAGAUUUUAUUCCAACCAAACUCUAAAUAUGAGACGGAAACACUCUAUUAACAAUGUUUUGAUACCAAAAUGUUGUUAAUAAAGACUUUAUGAUCUUAAGAAACUUAAAAAUUGAUAUAUUUCCUCCCACUUAGGCCCAAUAUUUUACAUUAGACUUAACACAUUUAAUUCAUGCUAAUUAAGCUAAAGUCUCUCUAGAUAAUGACUUUGUUGGUCAUUAUAUUACGAUCAUAACUCAUUUUUAAAGUCUUUAUUUUUGAGACAGUUUCUCAUUAUUUUGCAGUUCUAAGCCAUGAGUUUGGAAUUUAUUUAUUUUUAAAAAGAGGCAUUCUCCAAAUUUUAUUUACAAUGUUUUGGUUCCAAAAUGUUGUUAAUAAAAUAUUUAUGAUGUUUAGAAACUUAAAACAAAACUGCAUAUAUUUCCGCCCACUUAGACUCAACAUUUUACACCAGACUUGGAGAUAUUUUUUAUUUCUUCGUGUUUCAGAUAUGAAAACCACAAUAACAUUUAACUUUAUAGGCACAAAGUCUUUAUUUUAAGACAGUUUCUCAUGAGUUUGAGUUACUUUUUUUAUUUUCUAUCACAAGGCUAUUUUUCUCGGCUUUUAAUUGUUUACAAAUUCCUGAAAAAGACACAUUUUUCAAAUUUUGUUCUGAAUCACAUGAAGGAAACAAAUAAUCCUUCUCACUUUAUUAACAAUGUUUUGGUACCAAAAUGUUGUUAAUAAAGAAUUUAUGAUGUUUAGAAACUGGAUCUAUUUCCUCCCACUUACGCUGAAUAUUUUACAGCAGACUUAAAGAUAUUUAUUCUUUUUUGUGGCCAAGUUUCAGGGAUAAAAUCAUUAGAAAACCACAAUAACUUUUAACUUUAUAGACACUUACAGAUAAUCUCACAGAUAAUGCCUUUGUUUGUGAUACUAACCCAUUUUUAAAGAAAUUAAGUCUUUAUUUUGGCAGUUUCUCAUUAUUUUGCAACACUAAGUCAUGAGUUUGAGAUUAUUUUUUUAUUUUCUAUCACAAGGACAUCUAUAUCCAGCUUUAAUUGUUUAAAAAAUCCUGAAAAAUAUGCAUUUUUGAAAAUUUUAUGAUCUGUUAAUUGUGAAUUAUUGUCAAUAACCGACCAAAACCAACAAGUUUUUCUUUCAGUACUUUCUUACUUCAGCGGUCCUACUGAAGACAUAUCUCUUAAAUGUAUAUUGAUUUGAAAAUGCAACAUAAUGACUUUUCCAGACACACCCUGAAUGCACCACGAGUUCCCUCUCUGUGGUGUUUGCUUGGAACAAAACCUCGAACAUUAUCAUUUAACCUUUAAUUUAAAAUAAGCCGUUGUGUUUCCCCGGUGGAUCUGGUGUUUCUGCAGCAGCUCCGUCUGAACUUUAGUGUUUUCUCAUGAACAUUGAGUGGAACUUGACCUGAAGUGACCCCGCGAACGUUUCUUUCUGUGCUGAUGAGGUUUGUGUGUGUCGUCGUCGUGGCCCGUGUUGACAAUGACAAAGUACCUUUUUUGUGAUUUGAUUCUGUGCGAGUUUGAACAAAAAGGCUGCGUUUACAAGAAGAAGAAAAAAAAGAAAAGAAAUGGAAACCAGCUGGUGUGGUGUGUGUGUUUUUAUUCUUAUUUUUUAUUUUCCUUGUUUGGUUUCGUUCCCCCUGAACUGUGCUCGGGUGCCAUUUUCCAUUUUAACAAAAAGAAUUUCCGAACUUUUCUAACUGCAGUCUCCUCUUUGUUUUACUUUUCCUACUUUUUUCCCAAGAACACAAAAACCUGUGUAGAAUACAAAACUGUCCUUUGAUUAUGUCUUUGUUUAUUUAUUGAUUUGUAUAUAGAGAUUUUGUUUUGCAUUGUACAUUCUCUCCUUUCUUGGUUAUAGAUUAAUAUAUUCAUGUAUAUACGAAUAAACAUUAAGUUUAUAAAAGUAAAAA